GCAGGAAGGGUAUUUUGGAGAUGUGCCCAUUGGUCACAAGCUGCUAGGCUUAAGAAGGUCUGAUUACAAUGUUAUCCCAUUCUGAGGUAUAGUAUUCAGUUUCCUUCUCCAAUGAUUUAUCAAGGAUUUAGAAGUGUUUAAAAUAAAAUGAACCUGAACACUCGUUUGUGCACCCAUACUUCCCUACGAGGUGUUUAUAAAAAACAUUUAUACAAUUUUAAAUACAAGUUUGCAAAGCAGUUUACUCAGUGACUGAAACUUCCCUUCACCAAAUACAUAAAUAAAUCUGUAUCUUAGACUUGCUUGUUUGUGGGUGAGAAUAUUAGAGUGUUCAAAAUGCCUCAUAUGUUUGGUAUAAGGUAGGUCCAUUUUACCUGCUUGCACAAGACAAAUGAAUUCAUGGCAAUUAAGUUAUCUCCCAGAAAGUUCAUGGCAAAGUCAACAUUUGAAUUGGGGGCUUCUGAUUCAUAGCUUGUGCUCUUAAUCUCGCAAACUUCAUUUCUGGAAUUGUGUAGACUGCUUAAAUAUUAUUUUGGCACAAGCAUUGGAGUUUGCCAUACUACUCAAGAGGCAGGAUCUGCCAAAUCCAAAGAUGCCACUUAUCAACUUGAUCUGUUUGCUCUAAUUGGUUCCUAUGUGUGCGUGCAAGGUGGAUGAAAUGGGGCUAUAGACCCCAUUUCUGUCAGCAUAUGGAAUCAGUUGUGUUACAAUCCAUCUUUGCAUAUUUCAUUCAUUCAUUCAUUUGAUUUCUAUACCGCCCUUCCAAAAAUGGCUCAGGGAGGUUUACACAGAUAAAUAAUAAAUAAAUAAGAUGGAUCCCUGUCCCCAAAGGGCUCAUAAUCUAAAAAGAAACACAAGAUAGACACCAGCAACAAUCACUGGAGGUACUGUGCUGGGGGUGGAUAGGGCCAGUUACUCUCCCCCACUAAAUAAAGAGAAUCACCACAUUAAAAGGUGCCUCUUUGCCAAGUUAGCAGGGAUUAUUUGGGAGCAGUAACAGGGAAUGGCAGAAUGCAAGAAAUGGCAGGUUAGUGUUUAUGUUACUCCAUUGCUUUUCUACAGGAUAUCUUCCUUGGGCUGAGCUAAAAUGACUCCUCUUUUUAGAGUUGCAGUUCUAGUUUUUCAUGCUCUUCAUCAUUUUCAGUAAAAAGCCAAGUGCAGAGGAGCACUGUAUUUUGUUAUGUGUGUGUUCUGAAUGCUCGGUUCAGAAAUGUGGGUCACAGAACUAGGAUGUGCCAAUUUCUGUGCCUGGAGGUACAGAAAUGGCUAUUGAUGCUUGUCAGAAACCAUCUGUAUUCUUUGACUGACAAUGUUAGUGUUCAUGCACAUGUGAGUAUAUAACUCUUCUCGGGCAGUGAUGAGUCCACUUUAUUCCUGCCUUUGUCUGACAGUGGGCAUAUGUCACAAUUAGGGAAAUUAAAAGCUAAUAUUGUCCAGGAAGAGCCGUGAUACUUCUUCAAAUGCUAGCACUGAUUGCUUUGGUCUUUAUGGGGAUUGGUGGUCCCCUGGAAGCAGGCAUUUGACUAGGAAGAGGAAGAAAUGUUGCUUGGAGCCAUCCAUUACGGAAGGCCAUACUUGCUGUGAUGCAGGAUCUCCUGCUACUUAGUUUUUAAUUUAAAAGCAGCACUGGGGGUAGGAAUGAUUUGAAUCAGAGUUGCAGCACUGGCAGAAGUAUUAUUUAACCCUUUCCUCCAUGCUGUUCUCGUGUUCUCUUUAAAUUGCACUCUACCAGCUUUUCUUUGCUCUGUAGGGGGAAUCCAUAGUACCUGCGUAUAUUCCCCUAUGGGAUAAAUAGCAGCUGGGGAUAGGUGGUUUUUUUUGUUUUCAGUCGUGAGAACAAUGUGUGUUGAUGUGGGGGAGGUGAGAAGGGUUUAAAAGCACAUCCCUUGCUCUAGUGCUGCAGUCCUGAUUCAGAUUGCAAACCCCACCUCCUGUAGCUGCUUUUGAAUUUGAUCCUAAGGCUUGAGAGAACCUAGUAACUAUUCUGGUCUUCAUUAUCAAGCAUGUUUAUGUAUCUCCUCAGUCAUUGUACCUUGUACUACUUUAUAUUUCAAACCAACAAUAAAGAGACCUGAUAUACAAUACUAAGAAUGCACAUACCAUCUAUUUAAUACAAAAACAUACUGAUAUACAGCACAUAGAAUAUGUAUGUCUACAUAAGUGUAAACAUGUUCUACAAUGGGCCACCGGUUAUGUUCAGUUUUAGCACAAGAGUCUUUGUCAGUUAAUUAUGAGGAACUGGUUCAGUAUAUGGUCUUAAUUCCACCAGAAGACAAAGCAAAAGUGCUUUGAGUUCAGUUCCUCCCUGCAGGUGUGUUCAACUACUGAGAAUAUCCAUUGCCUUGCUUUUCACAAUGGGUAGCUUUCUAUAACGUCAUUAUAUGGUGAUCUGUAGUUUAAAACCACCACCUGUUGAAGUAUUUCACAAUUAUUAUUUUUAGGUAUGGUAUAUUUUUAAUAUGCCAUGCAGGAUAUAUUCAGUGUUUCCUUCACCAAAACAAAAAGUGAAUGAGUUGCCUUGAUGAUGAACUUCAGACUUGGAAAGCGUCUUCAGAAUACUCUUGAGACCUUAACGCAGCUUGGGUCUAGAACCUUGACUUGCUAAGUGCUUUUUUAUUACCAAAAGCAGUAUGUCAGUACUCCACAUCCACUUUUUUUAAAGACAAGAAUAGAAGGUUUCUCUGAUCAUGGACUUUGAAGAAAUCCCAGACUUUUCAAAUCUACAGGAGGAAACCGCAUACUGGAAGGAGCUGUCUUUGAAGUACAAACAAAGCUUCCAGGAGGCACGUGAAGAGCUGGCUGAAUUCCAGGAGGGCAGCAGAGAAUUGGAAGCAGAGUUGGAGGCCCAACUGGUACAGGCUGAACAGAGGAACCGGGACUUGCAAGCUGACAACCAAAGAUUAAAGCAGGAACUGGAAACGUUAAAGGAGAAACUUGAGUACCAGUAUGCACAGAGCUACAAGCAAGUGUCAUUAUUGGAGGAUGACCUGAGUCAGACCCGGGCAAUUAAAGACCAGCUGCAUAAAUAUGUAAGAGAGCUAGAACAAGCCAAUGAUGACCUUGAGCGUGCGAAGCGGGCUACAAUUGUUUCCUUGGAAGACUUUGAACAAAGGCUGAAUCAGGCCAUUGAAAGAAAUGCCUUUUUGGAAAGUGAGCUGGAUGACAAGGAAUCUUUGUUAGUUUCUGUACAAAGGCUGAAGGAUGAAGCAAGAGAUUUAAGGCAAGAACUAGCAGUGCGAGAAAGACAACAAGAAGUAACCAGGAAGUCAGCUCCUAGUUCCCCAACUCUGGACUGUGAGAAGAUAGAUUCAGCUGUCCAGGCUUCACUAUCUCUGCCAGCGACACCUGUUGGGAGAAGUUGUGAGAACAGCUUUCCCUCUCCAAAAGCUAUUCCCAAUGGCUUUGGUACCAGCCCCCUCACUCCAUCAGCUAGGAUAUCUGCACUCAACAUUGUGGGUGAUCUCCUAAGAAAAGUGGGGGCCUUGGAAUCCAAACUAGCUGCUUGCCGAAAUUUUGCAAAGGACCAGGCAUCGCGAAAAUCUUACGUUUCAGGGAAUAUAAACAGCAGCAUGAUCAACAGCAAUGGCAUGAAGUUCUGUCAUUCAGGACACACAACAUUCUACGACAAAGCCCCCUGUAGUCUUCUCCCUGCCCCCAAUUGUCGCUGGAUCCUGAAACAGCCACGUAUGCUUGUGGACUCGGCCCAGUCUGCUGCUGCCGCUGCCGCCUUAUGAACGGCCUGUGGUUGGGUGGUGGGACUGACUGAGGACAGUCAACGGCUUUGACCAAGGUCCACCACCAGGUCUAGGAGGUUCCAGACCAUCAUCUGCACCGGGCAUGCUCCCUUUGAGUGUAUGAAUGGUUGUAGGGCCACAUUGGGACUUGAAAUUGGUUCUUGAAGGAACAAGAAGAGAGCUGUUUGUGAUACUUUUGUUAGUGACCCCUGCUGGAGCUGAGUAGGUGCUGCAGCACCUAAGAAGCUGCCCGGAGAAGAUCCCAGCACACACAGAGCACUCCUUAUGUCAAUACAGUCUAUUUUCUUCUAUUUCCAUCGUGGACAUUCUUUAACGUGGUCACCGCUGAUGUUUGUCUCACAGGAUGCUGGAGUUGCACUUGCCCAGAUCACCUUCCUUCUACCCCCGCUCCCCCUUCACUGUUUUGUAUCUUUGCUAAUGAGGACCAGCUUUGAUGCUGAGCGUCCCCUUAGCAACUCCCUCACUUCUUCACAGUGCUCCCCAUUUCUCUAAGCCUUGCAUUUAGGCACACAAGAUCCCUCACCGCCCACCGCCCCCCACACACACAUACACAUGCUAUGAGUCUGUCUGUGUUCAAGGGAGGUGAAGGAAUGCCUAAAACUUCUCUGGCUGGCUGGCAUACCUGGGAACCGAAUGCCCCGGAGAUGCAAGAUGAAUCUGCAUCCAAGGCAUGGAGCUUCCAUAUUCCCGGUGAACCUAUGAUACAAUCAAAUGCUUUUGGUACCUGACACAGCACCCUGCUAAAAAGUUGGGAUGUGAGCCAUGGAGAAAUAUCUAGGUGUGGCUGCAAAUCCUUUGUGGAGCAUAAAAUAUGUGUCCUGCAAUUAUGUCUCUGUUCACCAACGGUGAUUUGUUUUUAAAAUGGAGGAGCCUCCCCGCAGGUUAGCAAUUCCUUUUCAAUCAGUUUCAUCCUGUGCAGCUGGCUUUGUCUCUUAUUUCAAGAAAUCAGUGGUUUGGGCUCUGGCUGCUGAGUGAGAAGUGCCCAAGAGCAAGGGAAGGAGGGGGGAAAUCAAAGCCAGGGCAGGCUGGGGGCAAAUUUGCCACUCAGUUUGGAUUUUGUCAGCCCUGUGUGACAAAAGAGCCCUGUUUUCCUGUGCGUCCUUUGCUGCAUUGACUGUUUACAUUUGUUUUACUUGUACAUAGGUUUGUAAACAUAAUAUCUUUGCCUAAGAUAUUUGUACAUAACUUGGGCUUUGUAGCUUUAUUUAUUCAGAAUCUCUGAGGCAUGUUUUCCCUAGGACAGUGUAUCAGAUUUCUGUGGUAACUGCCAUCCUGUGGUUUAACAAGAGAGAUGGUCCAAAAAUAAAGAUCUUUUAAUGUGGA